AGGCUGCAAACAUUCACUAAAUCACUCUGUAUAACUCGAGAAAGGAUUUACUCAGGUUGGGGGAGGUCGAAUUAGCAUUCAAAGGAAGGUGCAAGUAAGGAGAUGCCUUCAUCAUCGAUGGUUGUAUCAUCCUUCUCUUCUAUAUUUUGUUAAUUCAACUUCGUUGUUAAGGAUGUGAAUUCUAUUGAUGCUUAUAACAUAUUUUUCUAUGAUAUAAUUAUAUGUUUUAGUCAUUUUUUAUCUAUGUUGAUGCUUAUACCAUUGGAUUCCUUAGUCAUGUGAUUCUUAUACCAUUGGAUGCCUAUGCCAUGUUUUUUUUCUUCUUGAAAAUCUUGCCUAUGUAUGUGAUGCUUAUGUUAUUCGAGUAUCUUAGCUAAUGAUGCUUUAAUUAUGUGAUGUCUUCGUCAUCCAUUAUGUGCUACUAUAGUGUUGUUUAUAAUAUGUUUAUGUUUCAUGGGAACCCCAACGUAUGUUAAUGUCAUUGUCUUAGGUGUAUCUGGAAUGGAAUUAUCAAUCAUUUAUACUCAACUAUGUGCAAUGCUUGAUACCUUAGAUCAUCAAUGCUACGGAACAUCAAUAUGGUUCGUAGAUGCCCUAAUAGUGAUAUGUUAUCCAUACUUCCUUGAUUGAUUGAUUAGUAAAGUGGCAUGAAGUGAAAGCACGCAUUAGCUAGUCAUAAUUCCUAUUGCAUGGAGUGAAAACUUGAGUAGACUAACCUUAGUGGAAGGGAUAGAGAUACAUGAUAGAAGAUGCAUUGUUGCUUAAAAUUAUUGAGAUUCAAAUGCGCAAUCAUCUAGGAUUACCUUCUUAACAAUGUGUAUUUUUACUUAUCUCGUCUUUAUUAUUAUGUUCCAAUUUAUGAUACAACUCGAAAACAACUAAACAUAGGAAACUUCAACCCAUCUAUUUAUGUUGAGUUUUUGUUUGAGCAUUAAAUGAUUGGUUGUGAGUAAUUAUUAUUAGAAAUCCUUGUGGAGUACGACAUUUAUUAGGAAGUUCGGUGACUCACUUCUACUGUCACUCUAGGAAUUGGCCAAGUGAAACCACUUCCUAAAGUGUAGUAUAGCGGGUUUGGGUUUAAAUGUCAACCCGGGUCCUAGAUUUGAUGACUACUCGGUGAAUUCUUGUUAUCUAGCAAUGAAACUUGAAUGCAAGUCUAAACUAACAAACAAACAAAGCAACUAAACGGUUGUAUUCAGGUUAAGAGAGGUCACCCCGAUAUGGUUCCCCCUAGACUGCAGUUAAGCCGGAUUGCAAUUACCAAGUUUAGUUUCUAUGAUAGUUAUACUGCGGAAGGUUCUAAAACAGCCUGAAGUCUCGACUAAAGGUCUCCAGACCCUCUCAAUCUGAGUCUCUAGCGGGCGACUAACCUCCACCGGAGUAAACAGAUUGAGGCCCUAACAAACAAAACCUCCACUACCGAAGUGAAUUCGGUACAGAAUAGUGAGUUGGCUCCUCGACUAAAGUCACCAACUCCCUACCUUCAAUCAAGGAUGCUCUAUCAACCUAGGCAGAUAUUCUCAUUCUAGGUUAAAGUAGAAAUAACAUGAAUUUGAUCAGGAUUCAUGCCAUUCAAUCAUUCAAACCUCAAUUGAAUAUAAUCAAAUCAUAGAAUCAGUACUUGGGUUCAUACAAUCAAAUCUAACAUAAAAAUCUAGGGUUCUCCAUACCCAGAUGAAUGGGAGAACUACUCCAUGGAGAAAGAAGCAAAAGCAGAAUCAGACGCGGAAUUCAUACUGUGAAGGAUGGAUUCCUGCUCCUGGACGUUGAUCGACACUUCUCCAAGCUCAAGCCAAGCUCCAAUGAUGAUGAAGAUCAAGCUAGGGCGCUUGGAAACUCUUGUUCGUCGCUUUCUCUCUCUAGGAAUCGCUCUGUCUCUCUUAAACUCGAAUCCCCUUCUGUUUUGGCUGAAAUCUGCCUAAAAGGGCAUCACUGGGCAAAACACGGUCGAGGGCACGGCCGUGCUUUGCUCCAGCCCGCCCGUGCUUUGCCCCGUGUUAAAAACACGCCCGCGCCCGUCGGCCAAAACACGGUCGUGCCUAAAUAUGGGCACGGCCGUGUUUUGAUUUAGGCGCGCCCGUGUUUUUACUCCCGAACCUGUUCCCCUAUAUUCAAUGCUUCGUUUCUCCCUCGUCCAGAAGCCGAAUCAGUCGUCGUUUGAUCCCAGACGCUUGUAGUCUCGUCCUCUUUCUUUUCAUGACAAGCUUACAUGAUUCUUUGUCCAUAAAGUGAGGUAGAAAUCCAUUCUUCUUCAGGUCAUGCCCGAGUUUCUUCUCCCGAAUCGCCAAUUGAUCUCUGAUUGACUUGAAACUUGCGCCUAUGCUUCACUUUAUGUGCUAGGACCUGAAAUGUGACAAAGGAACACAACCUAGCAUAAAAUAGGCCAAAGACGCAAUAAUUAAAUCUCAAACGAUCAAGAAACAAAGGUGAAAACAUGUGCAAAUAUCGAGUCAUCAAAUCCCCCCACACUUAACCGUUUGCUUGUCCCCAAGCAAACCAAGUCAUACACAAGGUAAGCUCAAAACGUUUCAAUCAAGCAGGCUUUAGGGCAUAUCAUAUCAGCACAAACACGUGGAUCAUAUUGGCUUUCGAUCAUUAACACAUGGACAACCUCAAGGACAACCUAGACAACCACCACAGAUGAUAUUCGAAUGCAAUAAAGUCGAGCAAAGGAAGAGUUCCCUUCUGUUCACCAACCAACAUAGACUUGACUCAACCACUUAUUCAAAAUAGUCACUUCAUGCACAAAGCUCAAGGUAUCAGAAUUAAGACCGAGCAAUCUAGGUCCUCACCGGGAUAAAGAGUAUAGAUAAUA